AUGUCUUCACACAAAGUGGCAUUCAGAGCCAACCUCAGUCCAAACCCGGAGUCGUUUGUUCUUCUGGAUGAUGUCUCAAUUAGAAGUGGGGCUUGUUCUGCCUCCGGAUCAUGUGACUUUGAGUCCGACCAGUGCACAUGGGUGAAUGCUGCUAAUGGAGUAUCAGAUCAACAUGACUGGGUCCAUACAGAUGGUCACUUCAUAGGUCCCCUGGUCGAUUACACAACUCAUACUGCAGAUGGAAAGUUUAUUUUGAGUCCUUCUCAGAUAAACACACGUGGCCAAAGCAGCCGGUCUGUGUUGAUCUCGGAAAGGAUCGUGCUGACCACUGAAUCCUGUCUUGACUUCUGGUACCAUAUAAACGGAAGUGACCCUGGGAUCUUAAGAGUGUUAUCAGAUUCAGAUGCAACAGAGCAGGAAGUGAUGUUUGAAACACGGGACAGCGGGAACAUUUGGAAAAAUGCCUCUAUCACUGUGGUAAAGACCAAACCCUUUCAGAUUUAUAUAGAGGCUAAAGCAGGUAAAGAAGGAUUUAUUGCUAUGGACGACAUACGAUUUACACAGGGGCCAUGUGAAGAUAUCAGUGUGGAAAGUGGAGUGUUUCCCAGGUGCGAUUUCGAGGCAGACACAAGUCAAUGGAAAGAUAUCAGUGUCGGGCAGUUUGUUUGGCAGCGGGAUCAGAAUGGUACAGUCACGGCCAACACAGGCCCCUCAGUGGACCACACUACUGGCACAGAGCUGGGUAAAAACAUAAAGAUGUUCUCAUCUAAUGAAAAACGGACUAAUACAGAAAGUUAUAUACAGUAUGGACACAUUUUAAAUUCUGUGUAUAUGCUUCUAUUAGGCUGGUAUAUGACAGUAGAAGCCAGCCAUGGGGACCACAAUAGCUAUGCUGCUCUACAAAGUACCGCUAUGAAAGAUGCCAGCAAUGAAUGUUUGUUUGAAUUUUACUACCACAUGUUUGGCGAGGGCAUCGGAGAACUGAAAGUGUUUCUUCAGGAGGGCCAGAGGAGAACACCUUUGUGGUGGAUGUCUGGUAACCAUGGAGAUGAGUGGCAUCGUGCAGAAUUGGGCGUUGGUCGCACCCAUCAAGUUUUUACACUCCUCUUUGAGGCUACCAGAACCUACAGUGAGCUUGGAGAUAUUGCCAUAGAUGACAUUUCUUUCUUAAACUGCAAUCUUCCAGGGCCUGAAGAAUCUUGUAAAGAUGACAUGUUCUUAUGUUCAAACCGUGUGUGUGUGGAGUCAAACAGAGUGUGUGACUACAGUGAUGACUGUGGAGACGGCUCGGAUGAGGAGCUCUGUGAUGUAAAGGGUUAUCAGAAACGCUGCAGUUUCGAGCAGGGCAUGUGCUCAUGGGGGAAGAGCGAUUUGGCAACUGGUUGGAUUUUGCAGAAGGGAGAACAGGCCUGGCCGAAGUUUGGACCACCGAGAGACCAUACCCGGAACACUGCAGCGGGUCAUUAUAUUACUCCAGCACAUGAGCUGAGUGGCGAUCGGAGAGCAGAGAUCAUCUCCAGCACUCUGAUGCCCAGUUCGGAUUGCACCGUGAGGUUCUACCACUACUGUCAAGGUAACAGCACUUUGGCCAGGCUAAAUGUCUUACUGAGGACACUUCGUAACGGAGAAGAUGACAUUAUACUUUGGGAAAAUGCUUUGACACAGAGCUUCAGCUGGCAAAGAGUCGAGGUCACCUUCUCCCCCAGGGUUAAGAGUAAGAUGGUAUUCAUGUACAUUGGAAACGGAGGGGCUCAUACAACACUAACAGCAGUGGAUGAUAUUUCACUCUCUAUGUCAUGUGCUCACGAUCCUGCCAACAGUGAGCUGCCCGACACACCCGAACCAACCACAACUCCAACUACAGCAACAACAUCAUUGACGACAUCUGCUCCUUCAGUUUCACCAACGGUCAACGCUUGCACGGAGAAAGAGUUUCACUGCUGGCAGUCAGAUGGUUUGAAAUGCAUUGCAGCUGCUGCUCAGUGUAAUUAUGUGCUAGACUGCCCUCUAGGGGAAGAUGAGCAAACCUGCGGUCCGUGUAAUUUUGAGAAUGGCCUCUGCCAAUGGAGUGAUGUAAGUGUAGGUCCUUACACAUGGAAUAGAGUAAAGGCAACUAACACCACAGACCCACCCAAUGACAACACCAUUGGAACAGGCCACUACAUCCAGACGUACUUCUUGGAGCAGUCUAAGAAUGAGACUGUGUUCCAAAGCCCAUCUCUGCCAAUUAGCUCUGCAUACUGCCAGCUUCUUUUUCACUUCCACAUUGGUGGAGAACGUUCAGGCAAUCUCACAGUGAUUCUACAGAAUGAAGAGGAUGAUGGGAAGCUGCUCUGGUCGAGAUCAAGCAGCAGUUCAACACAAUGGGUCACAGAGCUCUUACCAUUGGGAAAACACGAUAGGCCUUACAGGAUCAUUUUUAGCAGCCAGACCUUAUUUCGUCAUGAUGAGUUUUGCACCAGCAUUGCACUAGAUGACAUCUCCUUCCACAACUGUGAAAAGGACUACCAAGCUCCAGACAUUUCCUUGGCCACAUGCUCUUUUGAGAAGGAUCUGUGUGGGUGGUUUCAGGGAGCUGCAGAGGACAUCGACUGGCAGAGAUGGAGCGAAACAACCCAGUCCAAAAACACGGGUCCCUCGGGAGACCACACUAAUGGAAACGGGUAUUAUCUGUACAUCACAAGCUCAAUUCACAACAGGACAGGGGACAAGGCUCAACUGAAGUCUCCUCUUUCACCCCCAAGUGGUCCUGAUGGGUACUGCUUCUCAUUCUGGUAUCACAUGUUUGGAGCAAAUGUGGGAUCGCUAAGAAUGUCCAUAUAUGAUAUAUCUUCCAACCACGUAACACUGAUGUGGCUGAGAGAGGGGUCUCAGGGGAAUGAAUGGCGUUUGGCUCAAAUUCAUGUGAAACUACAGGAAGUUCAUCAGCUCUUAAUUGAAGCUUCAGUAGGAUUAUCUGGACACAUUGCUAUAGACGAUUUAUCAGUUACUAAAGGUGCCUGUGCUCCAGCAGAGGGUCUUUGUGACUUUGAGGAGGGGGAUUGUGGCUGGAUACAACAGACCAAUGAUAACCUAGACUGGAUUAGAGUGUCAGAUCUGUAUCAAAAAUCGGAAUUCUUAAAGUCUAGACCUGGACUUGACCACACAACCAAUACGGCCAGUGGAUACUAUUUUUAUAUGGAUGCCACGCCUGCUCACGUACAAGGACAUAAAGCAAUAAUGACAUCUCCCCUAAAUAUUGAUAAUGCCAAGUGUCUCCAACUGUGGUAUUACAUGGAGGGAAGGGGCGCUGGGACUCUAAAUGUGUAUCAACAGUUCUCAGACAAUGAUCAGUCCCUGUUGGUAACCCAGUCUGGAGGACAGGGGGGAUUUUGGAGGUUUGCUCAGACCCCGCUGGACCCCUCAGGGUCAAACUCCAGGAUCGUGGUGGAGGGGAUUACAGGCCAGAGUGAAGAAGGAGUCAUAGCGCUCGAUGACGUGCUGGUUACUAACUACCCUUGCACUCCAUCAGGACAAUGUGACUUUGAGGUAAACUUUUGCAGCUGGUUCAAUCUCUUUGAGGUGGAUGAUGCAGACUGGAUGAGAGUGCAAGCAGGCACUGGAGAGCACACAGGCCCCAGCGUAGACCAUACCAGCAACUCAUCCACAGGUUGUUACAUUUAUAUGGACAGCUCUGUUGGUCGAUGGGGAGACACUGCGAAGAUACUUAGUGAGAUAUUCACCCCAGACAGCAGGGGGCACUGUUUUACAUUCUGGUAUCAUCUGUAUGGAGACCGUGUUGGGACACUUAACUUGUAUAUCAAUAACAGCACCAUUUAUAACAGUGGGAAUGAGUUUGGCCAGAGAGUAUGGACGGAGUCAGGACAUCAAGGAGAUGUGUGGUGGAGAGGCAACGUAUAUGUGAACCACAAAGAGCCUUUCUGGUUCGUAUUUGAAUUCUUGAAGGGAGGAGGUCCGAAGGAAGUGUGGCUAUUGAUGAUAUUCACAUCGUCCACGGGACCUGUGACUCAGACCCCACUCCUGCACCACACAGGAUUGACACUGUAGGUAUUGGUGUAGGAGUGGCAGUGACGCUAUUGGUUAUUGUUGGUGCUGCCUUUCUUAUGUUCAAAAAAAUAAAAGGUGCUAACAGGGUAUGUGUACUUUCAGAUGACGUGCUUGAUAGCAACUAUAGACUUGAUAACUGCAUGGAUUCCAAUGGCUUACAUGUAACUACACUCUCAACAGCCGAAAAUGAUUCAUCAUUCAUAUAAACUGAUCAAACAAAAACUAAGAAACACAUUUUAAUGUCUUUGUUGUUUAAUGUUGUUUUUACAACAACAAGCCAUCAGUCCUACCAUCUGACUUGCUGUCAUCCGUCUCCAACAUACCAAAUGCCGUUUUUUCAAGAAGUGACACAAUGACUUGUGGUGAACUCAAUCCAUGUGCAAUUGGACUGAAUUCCUUUAUUUUAACGGUGACUUCACAUUUAUAUUUGCAUAGUAGUCUUUAAAAGACCUUUAAGUGUCGAACCCACUUAUUCCUCACAUUAAAAUUAUUCUUCCUUUAGUUCCAUAGGUGUACUGCAUCAUCCGCAUGAUACAAGUCAUGGUUUUGAUAGCAAAGAACACUAAUACAGUACAGUAGUGCUAUACUUUGUCUUCUAAUCAAAUGUUUAUUUUUUCUACAAUCUAUGUGACCGCAUUGGACUAAAUAUAUAUGUUGAGGCCAUCAAUGUUGAAAAAAAUCUGUUUAAUUUUGUAUAAAGUCCUAUGAUACUCGCUGUAUCUGAGGAUCGCAUCUGAGCACCUUUACGAAAUCCUGAUUGUUUGACAUUCGGUUCACGUAAAACUAUUAAUUAAUUUCAAGACUGCUCUUAAGUUUUAGUUUGGUCAAAAAAACUUUAUGAUGGCCGUGUAAAUAGCUUUUGACUUGCUAAGGCAAUUUUCUCAAGCAUGUGAGACAUGUCACACUCCCAUAAUCCAUUCAUUUCUCACAGGAACCAGUUUCCUUACAGUCAGCUAACACUUCAACAUUCCCUUUUUUUUUAAAUAUGAGCACGCACCAAACACUCUUCUGCAACUAGUAUGGACAGAAAAAUUGCAAUCAAAAAUUGUAUUUCAUAAAGAUGUGUCUGUGUUUCAUGAUUUUACUCAAUAAUAAAUUAUGUAAUUUUG